AUGUUGCCGCUUGGCUUUGGCUCUGGACUCUGGUGGUUCGUUUUUGGGGUCUCUGGAACUUUGGGCAUUACAUUUGGGGGCUCGUCUGGGAUACCCCCAAACCCACCAGACCCCCAAGUCAACGGGUCAUUCCUGAGACCGAUCGACACCCGUUCCGUAUCUGGUCUCUUCACCAGGGCACUUUCUGUUUGCCACCGCGCUUGCGAUUUAACGUGUCUCCUCUCCUCUGCAGGGUCCUGUAAGAUUCUCGCGGCCCACUCCAUGGACCCAACCAAGCCGCGGACCCCCUCGGCGCCCCUAUGUCCCAUAUUGCCCGACAGUCAGGACCUACUAUCCCUAGACCCUCCACCCUAUCAUCCCCCUCCCCUCGCACCCCAGGCCCUACCCGCAGCGGCCGCCCCACCAGAAGCGGCCGCUGCGCCGGGACCAGGGAGGCAAGGGGCAGCAGCCGCGCCGAGCCCUACUGAAAAUGCAACCAACUGCGAAGGGCCAGCCGGCGGAACUCGUGGGCGCACCCAGUGUGAGCCAAGCUCUCGCCUCCCCGACUCCACUGUGGCCCUACCCCUGCGGGAAAUAGGACCCCCUGAUGAAACGGGCAACCCCCGACUCCAGUAUUGGCCCUUCUCUACCAGCAACCUUUAUAAUUGGAAAACCCAAAAUGCUCGGUUUUCUGAUAACCCUAAAGAUCUCAUAGCCCUCCUAGAGGGCAUAAUGUUCACCCACCAGCCUACCUGGGAUGACUGCCAACAGCUUUUGCGAAUCCUGUUCACCACGGAAGAAAGGGAGAGGAUUCAACUUGAAGCGCGGAAGCUGGUUCCCGGGGAAGAUGGUCGACCCACUGUUAACCCUGACCUCAUUAAUGCAGCAUUUCCCCUGACUCGGCCUGAUUGGGACUACAACGCAGCAGAAGGUAGGGGAUGACUGCUCAUUUAUCGCCAGACUCUAAUGGUGGGUCUCCGGGCUGCAGCACGCAAGCCCACUGAUUUGGCCAAGGUAUACUCGGUAAUACAAGGUAAAACAGAGAGCCCUGCCACCUUUUUAGAAAGAUUAAUGGAAGCCUUUAGGCAGUACACCCCCAUGGACCCCGAGGCCCCCGAAAAUCAGGCCGCAGUUGUGAUGUCUUUUGUAAACCAGGCUGCCUCUGACAUCAAAAAGAAACUCCAAAAAUUAGAGGAUCUAGAAGGAAAACAGAUCCAGGACCUACUCCACAUUGCUCAGCGGGUAUAUAAUAAUCGGGAUGCUCCAGAGGAUAAACAGCUCAAAGCCACCAGGGAAAUGACUAAAGUCUUAGCCACCAUAGUUCAGAAAGAUCAAGGGCCCACAGGAGAACAGAAAACUUGCCCCCCCAGGCGCCCCCUAGACAAAGACCAACGCGCCUACUGUAAAGAAAAAGGACAUUGGAUUCAUGACUGUCCCAAAAAGAAACAACUUGACCCCAUCCUAUUUACCCAGGACUCAGAAUAGGGAAGACGGGGUUUGGACCCCCUCCCCGAGCCCAGGGUAAUCCUACAAGUGGAGGGGACUCCUGUGCAAUUCCUUGUGGACACAGGAGCACAGCAUUCAGUACUCACUAGCCCUCAUGGAAAAAUCUCUGAUAAGUCCUCCUGGGUCCAGGGAGCUACAGGAACUAAAAAAUAUCCUUGGACCACCCAACGAACCAUGGAUCUAGGGACAGGAAGGGUAACCCAUUCCUUUUUGGUUAUUCCGGAUAGUCCCUGCCCCUUGCUGGGAAGAGAUCUCCUCAUGAAAAUGGGAGCUCAAAUUCACUUUCAGCCCGGAGGGCCUAAAGUAACUGACUCCCAGGACCAACCUAUCUCGGUCCUCACCAUACAACUGGAAAAUGAAUAUCGGCUUCACCAAACUCCACCCCUCCCACAACAGGAUAUUGGCUACUGGCUCCACUGGUGUCCCGAAGCCUGGGCAGAAACCGGGGGAAUGGGGCUAGCAAAACAUCGCCCAGCUCUAUUCAUAGAAGUCAAGCCAGGGGCCGACCCCGUGAGGGUCAAGCAAUACCCCACGUCAGCAGAGGCCAGGCUGGGCAUCACCCCACACAUCUGCCGUCUCCUCGAUGUCGGAAUCCUUAGACCAUGCCAUUCGGCCUGGAAUACCCCUUUUCCUGUGUGCAAACCUAACAGUGGAGAUUACCGGCCAGUGCAAGACCUAAGAGAGGUCAACAAACGGGUUAUGGACAUUCACCCUACCGUGCCCAACCCUUAUACUCUUCUCAGUACCCUCAGCCCAGACAAACAAUGGUACACUGUCCUUGAUUUAAAAGAUGCCUUUUUCAGCCUGCCUUUGGCCCCCAAGAGCCAAGACAUCUUUGCAUUCGAAUGGGCGGACCCGGAAAGAGGCAUAAAUGGACAACUCAUCUGGACCCGACUUCCACAAGGAUUUAAAAAUUCCCCCACCCUUGAUGAAGCCCUCCACGAAGAUUUAAGUAAGUACCCGAAAUUAAACCCAAAUGUGUCUCUCCUACAAUAUGUAGAUGACCUCCUUAUUGCAGCUGAGACCCGAGAAGCCUGUCUCGUGGGGACGAAAAACCUCCUACAGACGCUGGGGAACCUAGGGUACCGCGCAUCCGCUAAGAAGGCCCAAAUCUACAAACCUGAGGUAAUAUAUCUGGGGUACCUGCUAAAAAAAGGACAAAGAUGGCUUACUGAUGCCCGGAAAGAGACUGUCCUCCGCAUUCCGCGACCCACCACGGCUCGACAGGUGAGAGAAUUCCUGGGGUCUGUGGGAUUCUGCCGGUUAUGGAUCCCAGGUUUUGCUGAAAUGGCCAAACCCCUUUACGCAGUCUCUAAAAACCAACCAUCAUUUGAAUGGUCUGCGGAAGCUGAGCAGGCAUUUCAACAGAUAAAGAGAGCCCUCCUAUCAGCCCCAGCUCUAGGACUGCCCAAUAUCUCUAAGCCUUUCCACUUAUAUGUGGAUGAACAUAAAGGCAUAGCCAAGGCAGUGGGGGCAGAUUGGAAAUUACAUUGUGCCUACCGGCCCCAAAGCUCAGGACAAGUAGAAAGAAUGAAUACAACAUUAAAAGAGACCCUUACUAAAUUGACUAUGGAGACUGGUGCUAAUUGGGUAGAAUUACUCCCCUACGCUCUGUACAGGGCUCGCAACUCCCCAUACAAGUUGGGCCUUACACCCUAUGAAAUCAUGUUUGGCAAACCCCCACCUAUCAUACCUAAUCUUAAGUCAAACCUCAUUCAGUUAGACCAAGAUAACAGCCUCUUGUCUUCUCUCAGGGCUCUACAGAAAGUUCAUGAGGCCGUGUGGCCUAAACUAAGAGAACUGUAUGAGACGGGGCCCCCACCCACUCCCCAUCAGUAUUGUCCAGGAGACUGGAUCCUCAUCAAGCGACACCGGCAGGAGAACCUUGAACCCAGAUGGAAGGGACCUUACCAAAUCAUCCUGACAACUCCCACCGCCAUCAAGGUAGAUAACCUCCCUACCUGUAUUCACCACACCCACAUUAAGCCUGUCGACCCGCUGUCUGACCUCGUGGGACACAUUGAUAGAAAUACUACUUGGACUGUAGACCGGAACAUGUUCCAGAUAGUGACCCUUGUCCUACUAGUCCUCAACCUCACACUCCUGGAGGGAGGACUAAAUGCCCCCGUUGACAAACAGAGAUUGUUACAAGCUCUGUAUGGAAGGGCCUGUGAUUGCAGAGGUGGAGUAGUUAGCACCAUUGACUUGCCACAUAGUAAAAGAAUAGUAGCCGGCUCUGUAGGAAGAGGGGGUCUACAGCGAAGCUACACUCAAACCCAAGACUGUGGGACCACAACCGCUUACUUAACCCAGACCUAUGACAUCACCGGACUCCAACAACAGCAGUGGUUAUGUGUUAACAAACCCAAACCCCUGCCCCCUAUGACAAAAUGCCCUUGCUCCACUUUCCAAGAGUCGAUGCACAGCUCUUGUUAUGACUCCUAUCAACAAUGUAUAGGGCCAGAUAACUCCACCACCUACUUUACGGCCAUCCUACAAAGUAACAGGGCAGCAAUAGCCAGUGAUAACAAUAUGCAACUUCAAGCUGGCUGCUCUGGCUCAAUUGGAGCCGCCAUCUGCUGGAACCCCCGAGCCCCCAUACAUGUGUCUGACGGUGGAGGACCCCAAGACGCUGUUAGACAGAUUGAAACGCAAACGAGGCUUAAGGACCUCACAGAACAUAUGUAUCCACAGCUUAAUUACCACCCCCUAGUUUUCCCUAGGCACAGCCCUUACGAGUUAGACCCUCAGACAAUGUCUAUCCUAGAAACCACUUUCUCACUCUUAAACAUCUCUAACCCGACUCUAGCCCAAGAUUGUUGGCUUUGCCUACCCCAGCAAACUCCCCGACCCAUCGCCAUCCCCACUGAAGUUGAUAUCCGCAUAACCAAUGACUGCUUUCCCUCUUCCCUACCUGACCCCUUCCCCGUUCAAUUCAUUAGCCCGUUCAAUGCCUCUUGCUUUAUAAAUAACCUUACCUCCCAGAAUAACAGCAUAGAUGUAGGGAUCAUAUCUCUUGCCCAAUGCCACCAGUACAUCACUAUCAACUCCUCCUUAUGUAGUACCAACACCACCGUUUUCGUCUGCGGAAAUAACCUAGCCUACACCUAUCUUCCCCACAAUUGGACUGGAGUAUGCAUCCUGGCCACUCUGCUACCAGAUAUCGACUUAGUCGCAGGAAAAACCCCCAUGCCCAUCCCUAGUCUGGACUUUGUAGCUGGCAGAUCCAAACGAGCUGUGGCUGUUAUCCCCCUCCCGGUAGGCCUAGGAAUUACGGGCGCAUUAACUACCAGGACAGCAGGAUUAGGAGUCUCCAUACACUCCUAUCUGCGACUCUCUCGUCAACUAAUUGACGAUGUCGAAGCCUUUUCAGGGACAAUCCAGGAUCUGCAAGAUCAGCUAGAUUCCCUAGCAGAAGUGGUGUUACAGAAUAGAAGAGGGUUGGAUCUGCUAACUGCAGAACAAGGCAGCAUCUGCUUAGCCCUACAAGAAAAAUGUUGCUUUUAUGCCAAUAAAUCAGGAAUAGUUCGGACCAAAAUCAAACAGCUCCAAGAGGACCUCGCACACCGACGAAAGGAACUAGCUGAAAACCCACUGUGCCUACAAAGGUCCACCACCACCAACCUAGCUCUCUGGGAUGUUAGGAGCUUGCCACCAGUGUUCCAGCUGGGCCAGUCCCCAUCCUCUGAGGGGGUAACAUCAUCCUGA